AUGAACCUAGGAAGAUUGUGGCCAUUAACUUCAAAAAAUUCGAAUCCACGACCAAGAUCAAAAUGGGCUGAAACAGCGACUCGUAUUAUGCAGGAGGUGACUCUUUGCUUGGCGAGCCUGACACCGCCUCAAACGCACCUAACUCAGCAACCACCGGGUAAUGGAAGUCCGAUCAUCUUCAAGAAGGCUAUUUGUCCUGUUACUCUGAAGUUUGAGGAUGUUGAUUACAAGAUCAAAAGCAAAAGUAGAGGAUUUCUGAAUAAAUCAAAAUCUGAAGAGAAAACAAUCUUAAAGGGAGUUACAGGAACGGUGUUGCCUGGUGAAAUUUUAGCAAUGCUAGGUCCAUAA